AUGGAUGAUUCUUUACCAAUGACUGUAUUUGAAUUUCUUUCGGGUUUAUCUCAAGUUUUGGGUACAAUUAUUCUAGUUGGUUUAAUCAAUUUAUGGUCAUUCAUUCCAGCAAUCAUUGCUUCAAGUGGCAUGCUCUUUUUAAGAUAUCGAUAUGCUCCAUGUUCUCGUGAUUUAAAACGACUUGUAGGAACAACACGAAGUCCUGUUUAUUCACAAUUAACAUCAACUAUUCAUGGACUUAAAGUUAUUCGAUCAUAUCAUGCUGAAAAUAUUUCUUCUAAAGAAUUUCAUUCUCAUCUCGAUAAUAACACACGAGUCAUGUAUUUGAUGACAACAUUGAAUAGAUGGUCAGCGAUGCGCUUUGAUUGGGUAUCUUUAAUAUUUAUUGCUUUAGUUAUUAUACUUGCUAUAAUUGUUCGUAUAAGUCAAUAUCAAUUUUCAACUGUAGAAAUCGCUCUCACACUUAUCUAUAGUAUCACUCUAAUGGGCAUUUUUCAAUUUACUAUCAGACAAUCAGUGGAAGUUGAAACUCAAAUGACAGCUGUUGAACGAGUUCUUGAAUAUUGUUCACUUGAUCAAGAAUCAUCUAUUCAACAACGAUCAAUCAAAUAUCGACCACCAACAAAUUGGCCAUCACAAGGUCGUAUUGUUUUUGAAAAUGUUUCUAUGUCUCAUUCGAAAGAAUCUUAUACACCGUUGGCUCUUCAUCAUAUUUCAUUAGUAAUUAAACCAAAUGAAAAAAUUGGUAUUGUUGGAAGAACAGGUGCUGGUAAAAGUUCAUUCAUUCAAACUCUUUUUCGAAUGGGUACACUUGUUGAUGGUCAUAUUAUUAUUGAUAAUAUUGAUAUAACAACUAUUGAAUUAGAAGAUGUUCGACGUCGUAUUUCAAUUAUUCCACAAGAUCCUGUUCUUUUUACUGGUACAAUGAGAAGUAAUCUUGAUCCAUUUGGUUUUUAUUCAGAUGCUGAAAUAUGGAAUGCACUUGAACAAGUACAAUUGAAAACAUUAGUAACAAAUAGAAUGUCAAAUGGUCUUCAUUCAUUCGUAAGUGAAAGUGGAUCUAAUCUAAGUGUUGGUCAAAAACAAUUGGUAUGUUUAGCAAGAGCUAUAUUGAAAAAAAGUAAAAUUCUAGUGAUUGAUGAAGCAACUGCUAAUGUGGAUAAUGUAACGGAUGAAUUGAUUCAAAAAGCUAUUCGUGAUAAAUUCAAAGAAUGUACAGUAUUGACAAUAGCACAUCGUUUGCGUACAGUUAUUGAUAGUGAUCGUAUUAUGGUGCUUAGUAAUGGAAUGUUAGUCGAGUUUGAUUCACCUCAAGUAUUACUUUCGAAUGCCAACUCUUAUUUUACUUUACUAGUGGAACAAACAGGAGCAGCUGAAGCAGAAUAUCUUCGAACAUUAGCAAACUCUUCUGAACCAUAUACAAUAAAUAGCUAA